AGUGACAAAGCGUUCAACCAAUGAGAGGCGGCGGGUGCGGUCAGGUGACGCCGCUUUAUAUAACUUAGGGCUGGCACGGGUUCUGUUAUUAGCCUCGUACUGCAGGAAUGAUGGAGCGUUGCAGUCAGCUGGAUGUGAAGUGAGCCGCGGUCACCCCGUUUAUUCCAGCUCACACGGAGGCAGCAUGGCCGUGGACCCCAAGGGGGCGGACAGCAGCCUGAUGCUGGAGUUUGCUGCAGAAGCCUUCCAAGCCAGAAACUUCCAGCUGGCGUGUGAGAUCUAUGAGCUGCAGGCGCAUCAGGCGGGGGUGGUGGACUGGGCGCUGCUGCUCCGGAGGGCAGACUGCCUGGCAUGCUCUGGCCGGCUGCAGGACGCCUUAGAUGUGUACCGGAAAGCCGCUGCCCAGGAGAAGCUGUGUGCUCCGCAGCUGGGCACUGUGCUCUCCUGCCUUGCAGAACAGCUGCGGAGCAGAGAGGCGCUGCCCCUGACCCCGGCACAGGAUGCCACGCCGGGGAUCCUGAGCUGCAAGGAGUGCCAGGGCUUGCUGUGCGAGCCUGUCACCCUGCUGUGCGGGCACACGUUCUGCAAGAGGUGCCUGGAGAGAAGCAGCAGCCGCUGCAAGGUCUGUAGUCUGCCCCAGAACAAGGGGGUCGCAGGGCAACCCUACAGGGUCAACGUGGUCCUGAGCAACAUCACCAGCAAGUGGUUCCCAUGUGAGGUGCAAGCUCUGCGGCUGAGGCACGAAGGCAAUGCCCUGUUCAAGGACAACAAGUGGGCAGAAGCGCUGGAAAAAUACAAUGAAGCGAUCACAUUAGUAUCACACGACCAUUUACUGUACAGCAACCGAUCUAUGAUUCACCUCAGUCUGAAGUCUUAUGAAUUGGCACUAGAGGAUGCAGAUGCUGCUUGCAAGCUACAGCCAUAUUGGUUAAAAGGACAUCUGAGGAAGGCGCAUGCAUUGGCAAACCUGGGAAGAACUGAAGAAGCUUUAAAAGAGUUUAUUUUCUGUCUUGUACUUGACUCAGACAAUAAGACGGCAAAAUCAGAAGCUCAGAAGUUGUUGCUUGACCUGCUACGCCCUGGACACAGUCAGGGUGACUUCCCAGAUAUUCUGCAAAUGAUGCCACAUCCCUCCAGGGUAAAGGGAUGUCUGGUCAAUUCAGUCAACAACUCCAACCCCAGCAGUCACAUACAGCGGUUGUGCAGGGUUAACGUGGAAUAUAAAAAAAGCCUAAAGUUUCCUGAGCAGAAUGAACUCACACGAUGCAGCACUUUAUGGAAAUUAUCACAGACUCCAGAUAUUAAAGAUGAAGUGGAAAAUAAAGAGGCCCUGGAAGCAGAGGUGUCACUGAAAAUCCCCCUGAAGAGUAACUUACUGAAGAGGAAGUUGUGCUCAGAUGACACAAGCGAGUUAAGAAGCAAACAUCGGAAAAGAGAUACAUCAGCAGUGGAGGAUACAGACAAAGUCUCCUCAUUUGUGGACCCAUCUGAUCUGGACUGUUCUCUGUGUAUGAGGUUACUGUAUGAACCAGUCACCACUCCCUGUGGACACACGUAUUGCCUCAAGUGUCUUGAACGAUGUCUGGACCACAACCCCAAGUGUCCAUUAUGCAAAGAAGACCUGUGUGAGUAUCUGGCCCUGAGGAACUUUUGUAAAACAGAGCUGAUGGAGGAGCUAACAUCCAUCUUCUUCCCCGAGGAACUUAAAGAAAGGAGAACAAUCUAUGAAGAGGAGAUAGCAGAACUCUCUAACUUGAACAAAAAUGUGCCCAUAUUUGUGUGUACGAUGGCUUACCCUACUGUUCCAUGCCCACUGCACAUAUUUGAGCCUUGUUAUCGCUUGAUGAUUCGGAGAUGCAUGGAAACGGGCACAAAGCAGUUUGGCAUGUGUAUCGGAGACUCUUUGAAAGGAUUUGCAGAUUAUGGCUGCAUCUUGGAGAUCCGAAAUGUCGAGUUUUUUGCAGACGGUCGUUCAGUUGUAGACAGUAUUGGAAAGAGGAGAUUUAAAGUUAUUCAGCACAGCCAGCGAGAUGGCUAUAACACAGCAGAUAUUGAGUACAUUGAGGAUGAAAAGGUACAAGGAGACAGUUAUGCAGAUCUGCUCACGUUACAUGAUUCUGUGUACGAUCAGGCAUACACCUGGUUUAGCGCUCUGAAACCAGCACUUAAAAGUCGCAUUCUGGGUCACUUUGGACCUAUGCCUGCUAAGGAGUCUGAUUUACAGGUAAACCCCAAUGGUCCCGCCUGGUGCUGGUGGAUUCUAGCUGUUCUUCCUCUUGAGAGCAGGGCACAGUUACCGUUUCUCGCCAUGACAUCGCUGAAAGAUCGCUUGACUAGCAUACGUCGCGUCCUGCUCUUUAUGUGUCAUGCACGUAGACGAUAAUGCCAUCGUGGUCAUUCCAUUCCAUCAUGUGCAUACAUAUUGUGCGUGCCAGAAAUGUAUGUUACAUUACAUAAUACAAGGCCACAGUCCUACCAAUUAACUUA